AUGGCUGCAACUACAGAGGGUAACCCCCGAAAGCGGCAUCAAAAUGGACAAGACUCUGUCACUUUUAUAGAUAAGCCUGAGUCAAAGUCAAAUGACUUCGCCUUGGAACACCUUAUCGGAGGAUGGCAACCAGGCAUGGACCCCAAGGUCGACUACUCCGGUCAUUUCGAAUUCGGUGGCUCACUGGGUUGCCUUGGCUUGAUGAUCGGUUUCCCAAUGCUCAUGUAUUACAUGUGGAUUGGUGCUACAUACUACAAUGGAAAACUCCCACUUCCAGAAGCUGACCAGACAUUCAUGAGCUUUGUGAAGCAUCUUGGUCAUCUUGUCUACACUGGCGCCUUCCCUCACUUUCGUGCAUGGCGUAUCUACUGGACAUACUUCCUUUUUGAAGCCGCCUGUUACUUAUUCAUGCCUGGCUUCACCUGCUACGGCAAGCCUCUGGCUCAUCUUGGCGGGAAACAAUUGAAGUAUCAUUGCUCUGCCUAUACGAGCUUCUACUUCACUAUCUUUGUCAUGGCUGUCCUGCACGGCACUGGCUUAUUUCCUAUCUAUACGUUCCUAGAUGAAUUUGGUCCUCUCAUGUCUGUUGCCAUUCUUACUGGCUAUCUAAACAGUCUCAUCACCUAUAUCCAGGCGUUUGUUCGUGGAACCCAGCACCGCAUUACUGGCUACCCGAUUUACGAUUUCUUCAUGGGUGCUGAGCUCAACCCUCGUCUCUUCGGAAUCUUGGACUUCAAGAUGCUGUACGAGGUCCGCAUACCGUGGUUUAUUCUUUUCGGACUCAGCUGCGCGGCCGCUACCCGUCAGUAUGAGAGAUACGGCUACGUCUCUGGUGAAGUCCUGUUCUUGGUCAUGGCCCACUAUACCUACGCCAACGCGUGCUCCAAAGGAGAACAUCUUAUCACUACUACCUGGGACAUGUAUCAGGAAAAGCUUGGAUUCAUGUUGACUUUCUGGAACCUCGCUGGUGUGCCCUUAUCUUACUGUCACUGCACAUUGUAUCUGGCAAACCAUGAGCCGUCCACUUAUGCGUGGAGCAAACCCGCAUUGGCUGCAUUUUUCAUCUCCUACCUGUUCGUCUACUGGGUCUGGGAUACCGCCAAUGGUCAGAAGAACUCCUUCCGCAUGAUGGAGCGAGGAACUUGGGUGAAGCGCAGGACCUUCCCACAACUCCCUUGGCAAGAGGUUCACAACCCAAAGACCAUCGUGUCUGAGAAAGGUGACACCAUUCUUGUCGAUGGGUGGUACGGUUUAGCCCGCAAGGUCCACUAUAGCUGCGAUAUGUUUUUCGCUAUCUCUUGGGGCCUGAUCACUGGCUUUGAGAGCCCGUUCCCUUGGUUCUACCCUGUCUUCUUCUGCAUUAUGAUUAUACACCGUACCAUCCGGGAUACCAACAAGUGCAGACACAAAUAUGGUGCUUCGUGGACGGAGUACGAGAGCCGGGUCCCUUAUCUUUUCAUUCCGUAUGUCAUUUGA